AUGGCUCUCCGCGCCGCCCUGCUCGACGGCCAUGGGCGGCCUCGUCUACUUGUCGCUCUCUUCCCCGGCGACGGCGGGCAGCCUUGUCUUUUCGCUGCCGCCGUCCUCGAUCGGCACGGCCAGCUGGUGACGGCGGUCCUCGUCCGCAGGAACGCAGAGAAGCCUCUGGGACAUGGCCCCAUCCGCUUGCCUUCCCUUCCACCCGUCCUCCGAUUUCGACUAUCCGUGCCGGCCAACUUCACAGCCGGCGGGUGGCCGCUCCGCCUCGACGCCGGCGUGUUUAGGGUGGACCCCGUCAUCAUCGACGCCUCCGCGCUGGAGGUUAUUUUUCCCCAAAUCUGCACGCCCACGCCGCUGCGUCCUCCGCGUGUGCCGCCGCGUGCUCCGCGCGGCCACAGCACCGACAACUCGACCAGGCCGCCGUCGCUAGUCCCCUGCACGCGGCCUGGAAACGAGGACCUUCUGCUACCUGCGCAGCUAUUGCAGCUCCUUCUGAAAAAUGGUGGAGUCAGAGAACAUGGGAACUUCAAGCAGUAUAAUGUUGAAGCUGGAUUUGAGAUGGGAGAAUUGGGAUCAUGGGCAAGCGAUGAUGAGCUAGUCAAGAUGGAGGCCGGAUAUCUUCCUCACCGCUGCAGGGAUGACUCAUUUGAAGAUAGCGAGACAAGUGAGCUUCUAAUUUCAAAGCUUUCCAGUCUUGUUGGGGAAAUCUAUCGCGAUUUACCAGAAAAUUUGCAGAAGAAGUUAGGUGAUGAAGUAAGAAGGGCCGCAGAACAACCAGCAGAUAACAGUGGACAGGCAAAGGGAUGGAUGUGGGGUACGUUCCUCUCAUCAGUCUGCGUCUCACUGGCCUCUCAUUUGGCCAUGUUCUUGAUGUCUGCUCUGUGGCCCAGGAGCGAGAGUGUCAAAGAAGAAUCAGCUGUCAGCUCGCCAGCUCCAAGUGCAACAGAAAAGAACAUUUUUCUUCGUUGGGGGGUUGAAAAAGUCAUAGGUCCUUUUCUUAUAUGUGUCGCUCUGACAGUCAUUAGGAAGUUUAUCAUCAGCAAGGAGAUUUGGAAGAAAAGCUACAAAGCAAAUGAGAUGGUUAAUUUGUGGAUCAAUACCUUCGCAAAAGGGACGUUCUUCGCUGUAAAAGAAUUUCCAGUAACGCGUGGUGGGUUAGAACUGUGGGCUCAUUUAGCCUCAUUUGCUAUUGAGCUUCUCGGGGCCACAUGGCUGUUAUGGAGGUUUGGGUUCUGGGAGUCCGAUGUUGUGGACAGUUGACCUGUAGAUUCAUGUGAUGGUUUACUGCUUAGAUUGUUAGAUCUGUAUGGUUUCCGAGAUGGUUAACUACAGCUGCUGACAAACUCAUUAGCAGCUAACUGUACUCUGUACUAUUGUCGAAGCUGGUAAUUGAGUACAUACAGAAUAGGCUGAAUGCU